CCUCCUUAGUCCUAACCCUCUCCCAAAGUAGGAGGCACGGAGUGGUCACUUGGGUGGAGGUGGCAGUGAUAAAACCACAGGCCAGCUGUAAAGGAGGACCAGGAAUGCCAGGACGAGGGAUUAGAGCCCAAGGGGAGGUGCCAUCAUGAAAGACCUGUGAAGACAGAAACCUGAGGGGUAGGGGCAGAAGGAUGAAGCCUAGGAGACCAACUUCUUUCACCAGGGAAACACCAACUACAGAGCCAGACUCUUCCUCAGUAUCUAGACCAGAAUGGAGCCCUGAGACACAGCAGACACCCAUAAUCCAGCCAGACCCUGGGCCAGAAAGAACCCUCACAGACCAUCCAGGGUCAAAGAUGCUGCAGGAAUUUGAUACUCCACAGAAACAAAGUCUCCAGCAAGAGCCCAUUGCCCAACAGGAAGUUGAAUUCCAGCAGGGACCAAGAGUUCCACAAAAACCUCCUAUGCUCCCGAAAGUCCUCACCCCAGUAGUCUCCCCUGCGCCACAGCAACAACCUCCCACCCAGGAUCAACAGGAAGCCACCUUCCACUGGGGACCAGAGGCAGAGACAGUAUCUACAACUCAACAGGAACCACCACUCAGAGAAGAGCGUGCGUGGAUGACAGGAUCUGGACCUGCAGAACCACCUCAAGCUCCACACGAAAUGGAGGCAGCAUCUACAGCCCAGGCUGGACCUGGACCCCAAGAGAAAUCCCCCGCUCAAAUUUACUCUCCAUCCCAAGAGAGACUUGAUCCUACAACCCAGCAAACUCCUCUAGUCCAAGCAAACAAACCCAAGCAGGGAUCUUUGAUGGAAUCCGGGUUUUUGACCAGGCUGCAUGACCUAUCCAUACACCGGACAGCCCAAGAGUGGAAGACAUUUUUUGACUGGAUUACAGAGUCUGACACAGAGGAACAUCUCAGUUCAUCUUCAAAGUCAAACCUUCCAGAGCCAAAAAGUGAAACGGUGAUUGCGGGAACGCCACUGCCCUUCAAAAUGAAACCUGAUUAUGAGAACAUGCCCGGAUACAGCGGGAAAUCACCACAGGGGAUGAGAACCAACCACAAACACUCCUGGGACACAGCCUCUGCGUGGAGCAGAUCCUGCCUUUGCCAACGGGAACACUCGCUCCCCGGCCGGGCGCCUCCACGGCGGGCCCAGGCCCAAGGAAUGACUGUUGGAUGGCAGAUAGAAGCUGGGGAGAAGGGCCUGGGAAGGGCUGUGGCCAAGUCAAGGCUGGAUGGAAACAGGUCGGCGCCGCCCAGGUUGCCCGAGGACCUGGCCCGGCCCCUGCGCGCUGGUUCCUGCGGCUCCUGGGGCAGGCGGGACGGGCCGAGUUCACGGGAAGGUGAAUGGGAUGGCGAGGCUCGGCACCUACACGUGACACGCCCGGCACGGCUGUCGGGGUGA